CGCGUUUUAACCGAAGCGUCUUUACCGGUGGUCACAUGCGGGGAACGGUGGCACGCAUUUUCAAAGCGAAAGAGAAAGAGAAAAGGAAACAAAACAAAAUUUAUUGAAAGCCAGCAUUUGGGGUUUUUGUUUCCAGUGGCCACAGGGAUGUUUAUUGCCAGUCUUUAUUUGUGAAGAAGAUCGGAGUCGCUUGUUAAAGAUUCUUUUUUUUUUCUUGGAAGUCUGAAAUUUGUAAGAGAGCGGUCGAAUUACUGAAGAAUGGGGAGUCGUUAUGAUAGAAAUCCGUUCGAGCCAGAGGAAGAGGAUGUCAAUCCUUUCUCGGAUCCAGUAGUACGAGGACAGGUGUCCGGACAACCUCCAUAUAGUGGAGGACCAUUUUAUACAACACAUAAUAGUGUCCCAUCUGUUGCCAAUUCAAGGCUUUCACCUCUGCCCCCUGAACCAGCAGAUUUCAACUACGACCAUGGUGCUACUGUGGACAUUCCACUUGGAUCAGCAAAAGAUAUAAAGAAAAAGGAGAAGGAAUUGCAGGCAAAGGAAGCAGAGUUGAAGAGGAGAGAGCAGGAUUUAAAACGGAGGGAAGAAGCUGCUGCACGAGCUGGGAUUGUCAUUGAAGAAAAAAAUUGGCCACCAUUUUUUCCAAUCAUUCACCAUGAUAUUACAAGGGAAAUACCAACUCAUCUACAGAGGCUGCAGUAUACUGCCUUUGCUACAUGGCUAGGAAUUACUUUGUGUCUUGUAUGGAACUUUAUUGCAGUGACUAUUGCUUGGGUUAGAGGCUAUGGGGUGAAAAUAUGGUUUCUUGCAAUCAUCUAUUUACUUUCUGGUGUCCCGGGGGCUUAUGUACUGUGGUACAGACCUUUAUAUCGCGCUAUGAGGACUGAAAGUGCAUUAAAAUUUGGUCGGUUUUUCUUUUUUUACCUGAUUCACAUUGGUUUCUGUUUUUUGGCUGUUGUUGCUCCUCCAAUACCCUUCAAAGGAAAAUCAUUAACGGGUAUCCUCCCACUCAUAGAUGUGUUUUCUGACCACGUUUUGGUUGGGAUUUUCUACCUUAUUGGUUUUAUCUUGUUCACUUUGGAGACAUUGAUAAGUAUGAGAGUCCUUCAGCAAGUAUACAUGUACUUUAGGGGGUCAGGAAAAGAAGCAGAGAUGAGGCGUGAGGCUGCCCGAGGUGCCCUGCGGGCUGCAAUAUAGAAGCAUUUUCUUUGCAUGGAUCUUCCUCCGGAAAGUUUUAUUCUUGUAUUUUCAGCUUGUUUAUUGUUUCUGGUUGAAGCCCUACUACUUGAUUUACUUUAUUUGGUAGCAUCUUCCAUUUUGGAGCUUGGAAUUUUUCUGUUGCUACAGGAAACUGGAGGAUUAGAGAGAGCCAUUGGAGAGAAUAGCUGUAACUACAAGUAGACAUUAAUUUUUUUGUUAAUAUUUGUUUGCAAUUGAUUGUAUUUGUUGCUGAUCUACCCAUCUUGGAGUCUUGAUUUACUACUUGUUCACAUUCCUGCAAUACAUGUAGAGUUUUUGGCAUGAACAUUGUAACAAUAUUAUAGAAAACUUUCAUUUCUCCUUUUUA